AACAAAAGCCAGAGAGCAGUUAUCAUGAGCUCCAUGCAGUCAAACUCCUCAACAGAUUUGACCUUUGUUCGACCUGCAACAUUUUUUAUCAGUGAUUUUUCUAAUAUUCCACAUUCAAAAUACUACUAUGUGUUCUUGUCUUUAGUGUAUGUUGUAACUGUUUUGGGGAAUUCAUUUAUCAUGUGUAUCAUUUAUUUGGCCCGCAGACUUCACACAGCCAAAUACAUUGCUGUUUUUCAUCUGGCACUUUCUGAUCUGUGUGGAAGCUCAGCUUUGAUUCCAAAAAUCAUUGACAUGUUUUUAUUUGAUCACCAAGACAUUUCUUAUGAAGCGUGUUUAACAAAUAUGUUUUUUGUAUAUCAUUUUAUGAAUCUGCAGUCUUUGACACUACUCGCUUUGGCUUAUGACAGACUGGUUGCCAUUUGUUUUCCUCUACGGUAUCAUGCCAUUGUAACCAAACCAGCAAUGUUUCUGAUCAUAGGGGUGAUGUGGAUUGUGUCUGUGAUAUUUUUUUCUGUACUUGUAGGUUUGCUGAAUAGAAUAUCUUUUUGUAGGUCUAAUGUACUUAAUAGUUAUUUUUGUGAUUAUGCCCCUAUCUGUGCACUAGCUUGUAAUGAUAUUUCCAUAAAUAUUUUGAUGGGUAAAAUUUCCUAUGGGCUCCUGAUUUGCACACCACUCAUACUGAUCAUUAUUUCAUAUUUCUGCAUUUCUGUGGCUCUGCUUAAGAUUGCUCACGGUGCUGACCGAAUCAAGGCCAUAAAAACCUGCACCUCACAUCUCAUAUUGGUGACUAUUUUUUAUCUCCCAGUUUUGUGCAAUGUCCUUGCAUCUGUAACAACACCUUUGCAUCCAAACGCCCAGAUAAUUAACAAUUCUCUGACUCAGACAAUACCACCAAUGCUGAAUCCCAUCAUAUACACUCUAAAGACAGAAGAGGUCAUGCAGUCCAUAAAAGAACUGUACAAACGCAGCAAAGUGAAUACAACUAAAGAAAAUAAAAUGAAAUGCAGAAGGAUAAAGUUAAAAUAA